GUGGGCAAUGCACCUAAGAAAAUGGCAGCUUAUAAAGGAAGAACAGAAAACCCUCCUGUUAGAGUUUUUAAUUGGACAUAUUAAUUAGGUGAGCCAAAGGGGCUUCUGAUUGUUGGACUUAAGUACUUUGAUAGCUGGACCUUCCAUCAAGAGAUGGAAUGGCCAAAUAAAUGAUAGACCUUGGGGGCAAGCUUUAAGGAGUGUAAUGGUUUUUAGCAAGGCAGAGUGUCUGUGAGAGAGGAGCAAGGCCUGCCAGAGCCAUGCUCUCCAUGCUCACCAUACUCAAGCUGGCCAUAUUCCCGUCAACACUUUCCAACCUGUUGAGUUGGCUUUUGCUGUUGGUAUUUGUUGAUAUUUUGUUGUUUUGUUUGACUUGGGGUUUUGCUAUCUAGCCAGGCUGGCCUGGAACUAAUGAUUUUCUUGCCUCCAGUAUCCUGUACUGGAAUCACAUGCUGUAUAUCAUCAUAAGCUAUUUGUUCGGUCCAGAGAUUGACAGAUGCUUAAAUACACAAAUACAAGAAAAACACAGAACUUGUCCACAAGUUAAAAGUUUCAGAAUUGCUUAAACUGUGUUCAUCUUUGCUUUUGGCAGUUGUGGACUGUGGUUACAUUUAACCUCAGUUUAUGACCAGUUGGUGGCUACAGCUGGCCACUUCUGUAGGUGGCCGGCUGGGUCUGUUUGCAAAGGGCUGCACCCUCAGAAGAGGGGGAGUUGUGAGGAACUUGUGGGCUUCACACAGGUCCUGUUUUUUAAGAGAGGUAAUCUAUGCUCCUUGUGGUAUUCAGGAAAGUCGGCUAGCUCUCUAGUUUCUCGAUAUAUACAUAUUUGAAGUUUAUAGGGCCAUGUGUGAUCUGUGAUGCAUCCUCUGACGGGACAGAGAGGAAGGGACAAUUCAAGUGCCAUGAAAGAUGGGGCACGGGUGUUAGAAUACUAAGGGAGGGCUCCAGGAUAUGAGCGCAGAAAUCAUGGAAGUGUAACACACCUAGCAAUUUAGAAGAGACUACUUACAGGUAGUCUCCAGCAGUGGAUUAGGGCAGCUAAGUGCCUACAGUUCUGGAGGCUAGGCAUGGGCUUCCAUCAUGAUGCCUGUCCAGAAUUUGGGCAAGAAGUGGAGAAGUUUCUUUGCUCCCUCUGAGAGAGUGUCAUCCUCCUAGCCAACCAUAGCCCCUUUGACCUCCAGUGUAGCUUACUUGCAGCCCUUUGGGGUAUUCUGUUGGCCCCCUGGUUGGAAAACACUGGGGUGGCCCAAGUCUACGGCAGACCAGAAAACAAAUACCUGGAAGAGGCUUGUUUGCUACCCUCUAUGAGGACAUUUCCCAGCAUCCCGCUUAGCCUUUGUUCCAGGUGGUGAGGGUCCACAGCUUACCCAGCCACAGACGCACAACUAGAGGAACUACGUUACCCAGGGUGCGUUUGUCACAGAAAGAAGAACACUGAACCAAUGAGCAUUUAGAACAGUAUCAUCUUCAGGUUUUUACUGGUAGGAUAGGGCGGGACUUCCGGGUGCAUUCUGUGGCGCUAGUUUUAGCGGUUUUGGGUCCCGUUUUUGUUGAUUGUAUGCAGGACCCCUUUGUCCAGCGUUAGGGGAUGAAGAGUAUAAAGGGGCGGUUCUAGAAGUAGCAUUCAUCGCACACUGGGCGCUGGCGGCGACAGCUUUGCCCAAGUCCGGGUCCCGUCUCCGUGCCAUCUGUGUGCGCCUUAGUUGGAUGGCUGUGCCCACGUUCAUUCACCAGGCUUAGGUAUCCAUUACUGAAGAAGUGGAUAUGGCCCUCAUGCAGCAGGGCUGUGUGACUUUUGAGGAUGUAGCCAUUUGCUUCUCACGUGAAGAAUGGAGACUUCUUGACAAGACUCAGAGGCUGCUGUAUCUCAAUGUUACGCUGCAGAACUUUGCACUUAUAAACUCCCUGGGUUGUGGGCAUAGAACAGAAGAUGAAGAGCAGAGAGUUUCGACACGAGCAUCAUGGGUUUGGAGAUCUGAGACAACUCUUUCUCCACCAAAAACUCACCUCUGUGAAAAGUGUGUCCCAAUUCUUCAAAACAUUUUGCUCCUGCCUGAUCUACCUGGGCAGAAUCAGAGUACAGAGGCACGUUCACAAUUUAAUCAGCACCAAAAACAUACUAGUACAGAAAAACUCUUGAAGAAGAAUGCCGACGAGGCCUCAUACUUGAAACAAUGCCUAUUCCAUACGUCAGCAAAGUCCUUCCCCAUUUGGGAUGUUGAGAAGGACCUCCCAGACAUACUGAGUCUUCUGAAAUCCCAGGUCUUUCCCAACAAUCUGAAGCCCAGCAAAAGCAAAGAGGGUAGGAAAGAAGCUCACAGUCAUAAAAGUCGUAAGUCAGGAGCCUGUGCGAAGACUUCCAUUCAAAAACAAACACCUAUGCACCAGCCAAAAGCCUCCACUGGGAAAAAGCUUUAUGAGUGCAGCAAAUGUGGGAAAACCUUCCGUGGCAAGUACUCGCUUGAUCAGCACCAGAGAGUCCACACUGGAGAAAGGCCUUGGGAGUGCAGUGAUUGUGGGAAAUUCUUUAGCCAAACCUCCCACCUGAAUGAUCACCGUAGAAUACAUACUGGAGAAAGGCCUUAUGAGUGCAGUGAAUGUGGAAAAUUAUUUAGACAGAACUCCAGUCUUGUUGACCACCAGAAAAUUCAUACUGGGGCAAGACCUUAUGAGUGUAGCCAGUGUGGAAAAUCCUUUAGUCAAAAAGCUACACUUGUUAAACACCAGAGAGUUCACACUGGAGAAAGGCCUUACAAGUGUAGUGAGUGUGGGAAUUCCUUUAGUCAAAGUGCCAUUCUUAACCAACACCGGAGAAUUCACACUGGAGCAAAGCCUUAUGAAUGUAACCAGUGUGGGAAAUCCUUUAGCCAAAAAGCUACCCUUAUUAAACAUCAGAGAGUUCACACUGGAGAAAGACCUUACAAAUGUAGUGAAUGUGGGAAAUCCUUCAGUCAAAGCUCUAUCCUUAUUCAACACCGGAGAAUUCACACAGGAGCAAGGCCCUAUGAGUGUGGCCAGUGUGGAAAGUCCUUUAGCCAAAAGUCUGGUCUCAUUCAGCAUCAGGUAGUUCACACGGGAGAAAGGCCUUAUGAAUGUGACACAUGUGGGAAUUCUUUUAGCCAAUGUUCUAGUCUCAUUCAUCACCAAAAAUGUCACAGUUCGCAAAUGGAUAGAACUAUAAAAAAGUUCAUCCUCAGCAAGGUAUUCCAGAUGGAGAGAGACAAACAUGGUCGAGCGUCUUGGCAACAUAAUGGCCAAAACUUUGGAGCCCAUUCCGAUUUACGGGCGCCAGAAUUCACAAAAGGAGACUUACUUGCCCCUGAGGGAAUAUUGAGCGGUGACAGAGCCAAGAGAUCUCGUCUCCAGGGUCAAGUGACAGCGGUCCCUGCUCGCCCUACUUUGGCGCUGCUUAGGCAGGUGAGGGUGGUGGCCAUGAACCCUGCGCAGGUGGGUCCUAAGUUCUCAGACCUUCACCUGUCAUCCUCAACCUCUAAUCAGAAAUCCACAAGUGGCUGCAGGGCAGGGGACCCGAGUUGUUGGUGUGCAGUGAAGGAUGAAGCAGAGCCUUCUGUUGGAGUACCACAUGUUAACAUUCCCAAGGCAGGUUCCUUCUUCACUCGGACAACUUAUCCUUGUGGCAUAUGUGGCCCCAUUUUGAAUGGUCUUUUGGAUGUGGAGGAAGACCAAGGAACAUACCCUGCACUUGUAACUUACUCAUGCCGGGCAUGUGAGAGACAGUUCUGGUUAAGUGAAAACUUUUGCCGGAACCUAAAGCAUAAUAAUGUCGAGAAUUCUUUACAAAAGAAUGACAGUAGAGCCUCAUUAUUUAAGAAUUUCAAAGUUCAUGUAGAGCCCUACUCUUCAGAGAAGCCCUCUAUAUGCGAGGUGGAGCAGAGGAACCUUCAGGACAGUUUGAUUGGUCACCAACAAAAGGUCACCCAUAGCAAGAAGAGAUCAGGGAGCACUGAGAAUGGAGAGGACUUCCAUGUUGGACAAAUGCAUUAUACAUGUGGUGAGUGUGGGAAAGGUUUCAACUGCAAAGAUACCCUUGUGCAGCACCAGAGGAUCCAUAGUGGAGAGAAGCCUUAUGAGUGCAGUGAAUGUGGGAAAGCCUUCAGCCGCAAAGCCACACUCAUCCAGCACCAGAGGAUCCAUACUGGAGAAAGGCCUUAUGAGUGUAGUGAAUGCGGAAAAGCCUUCAGUCGAAAAGACAACCUCACUCAACAUAAGAGACUCCACACUGGAGAAAUGCCUUACAAGUGCCCGGAAUGCGGGAAAUACUUUAGCCAUCACUCCAACCUAAUAGUACACCAGAGGGUACACAGUGGCUCGAGGCCUUAUAAGUGCAAUGAUUGUGGCAAAAUCUUCAGACACAAAUCGACACUUGUUCAGCAUGAAAGUAUCCACACUGGAGAAAACCCUUAUGAUUGCCGUGAUUGUGGGAAAUCCUUUGGCCACAGAUACACCCUCAUUAAACAUCAGAGAAUUCACACUGAGUCAAAGCUUUUUGAAUCCUGUGGGAAAUUUUUCAGUAGAAGCUCUGAUUUUAUAGCACACCAAAGGGUUCAUACUGGGGAAAGGCCUUUUGUGUGCAGCAGGUGUGGGAAAGAUUUCAUCCGAACCUCCCACCUUGUUCGGCACCAGAAAGUUCACUCUGGAGAGAGGCCAUAUGAGUGCGGUGAGUGUGGGAAAGCCUACAGCUUAAGCUCCCACCUGAAUCGGCACCAAAAGAUUCAUGCAGCAAGAAGACUUUAGGGGUGCUUGUAGCACAAUAGUAUUCAGUCAGAUGUUGAAUCUCAUAGUGAGCGGUCAUGACAGGGAGAUGCAUUAGAAAUGGCAAGUAUGUAGUAAGCCUUCAAGAGCUAUGUUGUACAUUCUGACUAGCUCGAGUAACAUGUCACUGUCUCAGUACAUAUGACUGAAACGAUCUAAUCUCUUCCAUCUUAGUCUCUUCAACAAUUCGCUGUGGGAUGUUCUGUAUGCUAUAAAAAUGUGUUGCUAUGAUUGAUUAAUAAAUAAAACGCUGAUUGGCCAGUAGCCAGGCAGGAAGUAGAGUGUAGGCAGGACAAGCAGAGAGAAGAAUGCU